CGCGGGUCCCGAGGCGGCGGCGGCGGCUGAGUGAGGUGCCAGAGUCCAGCAUCCCAUCUCUACAUGAAGUGAAGUGAGGGUGUCUAGCAGAAAGGGCUUCGCCCUGCCCAGGGGCAGAAUGACCAAGCCGCGGCUUUUCCGCCUGUGGCUGGCCCUGGGGUCGGUCUUCAUGAUCCUGCUGAUCAUCGUGUACUGGGACAACGUGGGCACUGCCCACUUCUACCUGCACACAGCGGUCUCCAGGCCGCACUCUCCGGGGCCGCUCCCCACCCCGGGGCAGGGGCCGGAGAAGGUGCUUUCGGCAGACGUGGACGAGUUUUUGGAGAAGCUCCUCAGUUCUGGCACGAAGCAGAAUGUCCCUCCCAGCAAAAAAAUGGAGCAGCCGCCCGUCUCGGGCAGGCCUGUGCUGGGCAACAUGGAGGAGAGUGUGCGGGGCUACGACUGGUCCCCCCAUGACGCCCAGCAGAACCCCGACCCUGUGGAGCAGCAGGCGGAGCGGAGGAGCGUGCUGCGGGAGUUCUGCGCCAACGCCAGCUUCGUGUUCCCGGCCAAGGAGCGCUCCUUCGAUGACAUUCCCAACUACGAGCUGAACCACCUCAUCGUGGACGACCGCCACGGCGUCAUCUACUGCUACGUGCCCAAGGUGGCCUGCACCAACUGGAAGCGCGUGAUGAUUGUGCUCAGCGAGAGCCUCCUGGACCAGGGCGUGCCCUACCGCGACCCCCUGGACAUUCCCCGCGAGUACGUGCACAACUCCAGCACGCACCUGACCUUCAACAAGUUCUGGCGCCGCUACGGGAAGUUCUCCCGCCACCUCAUGAAGAUCAAGCUCAAGAAGUACACCAAGUUCCUCUUCGUGCGGGACCCCUUUGUCCGCCUCAUCUCCGCCUUCCGCAGCAAGUUCGAGCUGGAGAACGAAGAGUUCUACCGGAAGUUCGCAGUGCCCAUGCUGCAGAUGUACUCCAACCACACCAGCCUGCCCGCCUCCGUCAGCGAGGCCUUCAGCGCGGGCCUCAAGGUGUCCUUCUCCAACUUCAUCCAGUACCUGUUGGACCCCCACACGGAGAAGCUGGGGCCUUUCAACGAGCACUGGCGGCAGGUGCACCGGCUCUGUCACCCCUGCCAGAUAGACUAUGACUUUGUGGGGAAGCUGGAGACACUGGACCAGGACGCUGCCCAGCUGCUGCGGCUCCUCAAGGUAGACAAGAACCUCCACUUUCCCCCCAGCUACCGGAACAGAACUGCCAGCAGCUGGGAGGAGGACUGGUUCGCCAAGAUCCCCUUGGCCUGGAGGCAGCAGCUGUACAAGCUCUAUGAGGCAGAUUUUGUUCUCUUUGGCUACCCCAAGCCUGAGAACCUGCUUAGAGACUGACGGCCUUCAGGGGCACAUCCUGAACACCAAGAAAACUGUGCUGAUGUUGUGACUGUAAGUGAAGGGUCUGCUGAGCCAUGGCCAGAUUUCCUGAGGGCGGCUGACCCGUGGCCACACGCCUUUCCUAACGGCCUCCCUCCCGGUCUGGCACUUGGCAGUUCUACAGUGCUCCUGGAAUUGGCCACGCCCACACUCCGGUUUUUAAAAUAAUCUACUGUUUUGCAAUCUAGACUCACUGUUGACUCCACUGCCUCUAUUCAUUGAGUACGGUGUUAAUAUUGUUUUUUUUUUUAAGAUUAAUAUAUUUCAGAUAUUUAAUAUGAAAAGUGGCAAGGGGAAUGAUGGAGUAAAGAGUCGCAUCUGCUCUGCCUGCCCUGGUGCUUAUUCUGGUGGCGAGGUCGUUGUAGGCAUGGUGAUGGCUGAUGUGCAGGCCCCAGAAACUCCACCCGAGGAAGGGAGGUUUGAGGUUUCCUGGUUGUCUUCAGCAAGAAAGGAGGAACAUAAAUUUGAAAUCAGGCUUGAUCUGUAUCUGUAAAAAGGGAGUCGACAAACCUUCAAAAGUGAAAGCCCUUUGUUGUGUGAUAGAGCUGUGAAGAGGAAA